AUGGCAAUAUGCAGAAAGUACGGCAUUGUGUUCGAAUUGGUGUCCCUUCUAUUCCUGUACAGCAUCAUAAAGAGAACAUUUAUACACCUAUCAGGGAAAGAAAAUGAAGCGAAUUACACAGGUUUGCACGUCCAAGGGUAUAACUGGAACUUGUUCGAAAAAUGGAAGUCUAUAAGUCCUAUGGAAAAGUUAGAGUACAAAAUAAAUUACAACCUUGGACUGAACAUAGACGCAGAGAUUGGCGACUUUGGGGAUUACAACUCUGAUGUGAAAACGGAUUUGAUUCUUUUUAAUUAUGACAAGGAUAAGCAGAUGAGUACUAUCUAUGUGCACAUCUUCAACGUCCAUGAAAACAAAUUUGUGCACCACGCGGAUGUUACCUUGGAAGGACAAGUCUUGAACGUCAUUGCGAUUGACCUCAAUUUCGAUGGCGCGCUAGACGUCCUCGCGCUUUUUAAGGACCCUAAGGAUAGUAACAAAUAUCCCAAGUAUUAUAUUGCGUCAUUUUUGCAGAACGAAAAUGACCAACUGGAAGAGGUAUUUAACUCAAGAAAGAAGGAACGUUUAAAUGAGAACAUAUCAGAUGCGGAAAGUGACUCCGAGGAAACAGAUGGUGUACCCGGUAACGAAAAGGGAGGCGCAAAAGAAACUCAUGGAAGCAUCUACUUUAGUAAUGUUCACCCUCUUGUUUGUGAUAUAAAUGAUGAUGGGCUGCCAGAUCUUAUAGGACAAAAACCUUCCAGUGAGCCAGGCGGUUUUUCUCGCUUCGUCUGGAUUAACAAAAAAGGGGCAUUCAAAAGUGCGCUGUGGAAAAAUAUGGACCUAUUUGAUGACGCAGAAGUGGGCGAAAUUACCAACCCUAAUUCGAGUGCAGUUGUAGACAUCAAUGGAGAUUGUAAGGCCGAUUUGGUGUUCACUGUAUAUGAUAAAAAAAACGCAAAAAAAAACACUUCCCUAGAAAUAUGGCUAAACAAAAUAGUGGAUGGAAAAAGCAUCUACAUGAAGUAUAAGGAAAAUUAUAAUUUACCACCCAAUUCUUUGCAAGUCCUCUUUGGAGACUUUAAUGGAGAUGGAUCCAUCGAUAUUGUAGUUCCAACGUGUACCAAAAGCUCCUACUGUAACUACUGCUGUGUCAGUGAUGAUAAAAUUUUCUUCAUCCCAAAUGUUCAAAAAAAGAUAUGUGACCAUUCUUGGCAAAAACCAGAUGAAAGUAAAUGCAGAUUGGCAUCCAACUUAUGCUCAGAAAGUGACUUCACCUUUGUGCAAGAAUUAAAUGAUGACUUCAUAUCCGUGGUAGAUACGUCUGGCUUGCACUUGUCAGGAAAUGCAGACUACCCUUACUACCUAAGCGUCGGAGAUGUAGAUGACGACGGGUUCUUAGACCUACUAAUAACGUUGAAAAAUGAUAAAGGUCAGAAGUAUGUGCGCAUUUAUAAAAAUGAACAGAAGGGUGUAUAUGAAGAAAAUAACAUAGAUAUUCGGGGGUUCUUUAAUUUUUACCAAUUCGUUACAUCUCCAGACGAAUUCGUGACGGAUGUUUACAAUUCUGCUUUUUUUGACAUUUUUGAAAAUGGCGUAUUAGAUAUACUCAUCUUUGGCAAGUACAAAACGUCUAGCAAGCAGAGCAAGUAUGGGGCCGUCGGAUUCAUCAGAAGCAACGAAACGGAUUCCCUUUUCCUAAAAUCGACCGCCUUAAAUGGCAUAUGUGUUAACGAUUGUUACAAGGAGAAGGAUAAAAUAACGACCAAAACGCUAGGGGGAAAUGCCCAUGGACCGACAUUCAAAAUUACCGUGGUUGAUGUGAAUGGUAUUAAAUCCAGCCGAAUUGGAAUUCAGAAAAGCCAGUCCGCUCAUUCCCCUUUGCAGUUACCGUAUGUUCUGUUUGGACUUGGCAGAACCAGUAACUACGUGGAAGAGUUCUACGUAGGCAUGCCAACACAUGAAGAGAAAUAUUACAACAUGUGGGUAUCCAUUAUACCAAAUUCGCAUAUCAUUGUCAUUCCAUACCCGCUGGACAAUGCGAACAAGUGGCAAAUUCAGCUUUCCGUCAAUCCGUCUAAGAAGUUUUACUCCAUCAUUUAUAUCACCCUCAUCUGCUUGACCGUCAUUGGAAUUUUGAUUUUCAUCCUGGACAGGCGCGAGAAGGUGGAGGACUCCAAGGAGGAAAUGGGUUUCAAGAGUCACUUCGUCAUCGGGUGA